AUGUGUCCCUGUAACGAAACUUGUGAAUUUUCUUCACAUGUUCACGACCAGGGAGAAUUCCAUUUAAUGAUUACGUUAAGUAAGUGUAUAUCUCCCUUAACGUGGGUUCUUCAAAUAAAAUCAAGUUUCAAUCAAGACCAGGCAAUGCAACGCGUGAAGAAGUUACCUACAGGAAAGCCAGACAGUUCUACUGCAGGUAGGAUCCAGGCUCAUGCGCAGCAACAACAACAGCAACAACAACAGCAACAACAACAGCAGCAACAACAACAGCAACAACAACAGCAACAACCAUCGACAACAGCAAAGUCCAACCAACCGAUUCAACUAAAGCCUACCGACCAAUCUAUACCACCAUGUCUAAAGGAGCAUUUCCCAGAGAAAGUAGAACUAUAUGAACAAUUACAAAAUCGGGAAAGAUUGCUUGAUAUAAUGAUCAACAGAAAACUACUCGACUUACAAGACCAUCAACAACGUAUUACGACAAACGAAUUAUCGGGCGAAUCCAAUGAGGAGACACUACGGAUUUUCAUUUACAAUACAUCUGAGAACCAGCCAUGGCAGAGAGAUGCAAACCAACAAGAUGUUCCUAGCGAAGUACAUCCAGAUCCUUCUUGGACUUUGAGAAUUGAGGGACGAUUGUUGAAUGACAAAACUCCACUAACCGAUUCUAAGAGACAUAAGAUGUCUUGGUUUUUAUCAGGUUUGAGUGUUGAGCUGAAACCUGCUGAUGGCGAUGAAUCCAGGCCCCUAGUUUUGAAGGGAGUCAAUGCGCCAGGUUUGAAUGGCAGCUCAGACACCUUAAUUGAGUGGCAUGAUGAUAUCAAAUUACCAGAGGCUGAACGUGUGUCCAAGCAGUUUGAUGGUAUGGACAUCAGACGAGGCGGAUCGAGCAUUCCAGGCAGUACUGACGAUCUAGACCGGGAAAUUGUUGCCAAUAUUGUCAUUCAACCCAAACAAUAUCCAAUCAAGUUGAUGGUUAAUGAUAAGUCGUUGAUGGAACUAGUUGGGGCAAGGGAAAUCACACAAGCAGAAUGCAUCAAGAGAAUUUUUUACUAUGCUAAGGUAAACCAACUUUUUGAUGUUCAAACCGUGGAAUCUGAUUCUAAAGACCUGACAAACAAGUCAAGCAAGAAAAUUGUAACUAUAAAAUCAGAUGAACUUUUAAUGAAAAUUUUUGGUUUACCAAUUAUGACCAUGCCUCAAAUCAUGGAAAUAGUGGGAAAUAAACUGUUGAAACCAGUUGAACCCGUUAGAAUUAACUAUCGUAUCAAUACCUUGAAGAGUACAACUUUGGGUGAAGUUGUCGUUGAUAUUAAGGUCAACAGGGCCAUGCUUGGAAAGAAGAAGGUGAACCAGGAUCUUGAAGAUAUCAACCGCCUAAUAACCGAAGAUGUCCUGAACAAGCAGAGCCUUGCAGAGUUGAUAAAGUUGGAUGAAAACUUGAAACUCAACAUUCAAAUAUUGAACUACUCCAAAAUGAAGUAUGACUUUUACAAGAAGUUCAGUGAGAACCCAGCCGAAUUUCUCAAGCAAGUACUACAAAAGAAUGAAGAGUACCUAAAGAUUUUGAGCAGUGAUUCAAUGUCCUUUGGUAAGGAUGGCCUUGUUAGCGAGGAGCUGGUGAGAAAGUCUGACUUUUACACAGACGACUUCUUGAAGCAACACAUCAAUCUUUUGCUCAAUUCCGGUAGAAUAUAG